CCCGUGGUUGUGCCUCAAGCCCCAGUUUUGGCGGCGGUUCCGAUUCCACAGUUCGCAGCACCUGUGAUGGUUGGAACACAUUCACUCAUCGCCGAACCAUGCGAGCCCGGUUUAGUACCAGAAGCAAUAGCUAUGGACAUUCCGGUACCGAACACACUUCCAGUCGUAAUGCCUGUUUUCCCCGAAAUUUCCCAACCUGAACCUUGUUUGGAUGAAGUAAUUGUGAUCCCGCAACAGCCUAUGGUAGUACCACAGAACCCCUGAACUACCAGCAUUCGUGAUGCCUGAACUCCCAGCGAUUGAAGUACCCGUGCCUGAACCGUGUCUUGAAGACCAGCCAAUCCCUGUUCCGGAGUAUGUACCACCACCAAUGCCACUACCGGUCGUUGAACCCGUUUUCGUACCUGCAAUGUCUGUUAUGAACAAUCCUGUAGCGCCAGUUUUUCCCCCACUAGAAAUGCCCGUCUUGCCUGAGAUCAUAGAACCUGAACCUUGUUUACACGAAGAAAUUGUACAAGAAAUUCCUCAGCCAAUAUUAAUACCACAGGCUCCUGAAUUGCCAGCUUUUGUGAUGCCAGAGGUGCCUGUCAGAGUAGAAGUUCCUGUGCCUGAGGCGCCCGCACCAGAGUAUAUUCCACUACCAAUACCGAUUGAAGAGCCCAUCGUAACCGCUAUACCAGAACCCGUUAUACCAGAACUACCCACAGUCGCAAUGCCUGCUUUACCAGAGAUUGUAGCACUCCCAGAACCAUGCCUUGACGAAAUAGUGGUUCCUGAAGUAAAUUACCUGCAUAUCGAAGUUCCACAACCCCCUGAAUUACCAGCAUUAGUAAUGCCCGAAUUACCAGUCAGGAUAGAAUCUCCUAUACCCGAGCCGAUUCCCAUGCCACCUGUACCUGAGUAUAUUCCACUGCCAGCCCCUAUGCCCCUGCCUAUUGAAGUUGCCCCAGAAGUUAGCUACCAACCUUUAGUAAUUCCACAAGUGCCUAAAUUGCCAGUUUUCGUGGUGCCUGAGCUUCCCGCAAGAGAGCCCAUGAUUGCUCCCUGUCCUGAAGAUGUUCCUUUUGCAAUUCUGGACCACGUUCAACCCUUACCAAUUAUGCCUAUUCCUGAGCUACCUACAGCGCCUUUACCCAAGUUUCCAGUACGUGUAGAGAUAUCUUCUGCCGUAAUUAAACCUGAAGAUCCCUGCGUUGAGGAGAUAGAACUGGUAGUUCCACAGCUGCCAAAGUUACCUGAGCCGAUAAUGCCAGCACGUCUUGAGCCUGCUGUUGAUCCCUGUGAUCCUUCUACCAAGCCAGCAAUGAUGGCUUUCCCGCCAUAUUUCAUAAACCAUCCAUCUUAUAUGCCGAUGAACAGUUUUUUUCCUGGUACGGAUAACUUCGUGGGAAUGAGAACAAUUCCGUAUGUGCGUCAUCUUUAA